AUGUCUAAGUCAGAAUCUCCCAAAGAGCCUGACCAGCUGUGGAAGCUCCUCAUCGGAGGUUUGAGCUUUGAAACAACCGAUGAGAGUCUGAGGAGCUAUUUUGAGCAAUGGGGAACGCUCACAGACUGUGUGGGGAUGAGAGACCCAAACACCAAGUGCUCCAGAGGCUUUGGGUUUGUCACCUAUGCCACUGUGGAGGAGGUGGACGCAGCCAUGAAUGCAAGGCCAUACAAGGUGGAUGGAAGAGUUGUGGAACCAAAGAGGGCUGUCUCAAGAGAAGAUUCUCAAAGACCUGGUGCCCACUUAACUGUGAAAAAGAUUGCUGUCGGUGGUAUUAAAGAAGACACUGAAGAGCAUCACCUAAGAGAUGAUUUUGAACAGUAUGGGAAAAUUGAACUGAUUGCAAUCUUGACUGACCGAGGCAGUGGUAAGAAGAGAGGCUUUGCUUUUGUAACCUUUGAUGACCAUGACUCUGUAGACAAGAUUGUCAUUCAGAAAUACCAUACUGUGAAUGGCCACAACUGUGAAGUAAGGAAUGCCCUAUCUAAGCAAGAGAUGGCUAGUGCUUCAUCCAGUCAAAGAGGUCGAAGUGGUUCUGGAAACUUCGGUGGUGGUCGAGGAGGUGGCUUUGGUGGGAAUGACAACUUUGGUCGUGGAGGAAACUUCAGUGGUCGAAGUGGCUUUGGAGGCAGUCGUAGUGGAGGAGGAUAUGGUGGCAGUGGGGAUGUCGAUAAUGGAUUUGGUAAUGGUGGAAGCAAUUUUGGAGGUGGUGGAAGCUACAACGAUUCUGGUAAUUACAACAAUCAAUCUUCAAAUUUUGGACGCAUGAAAGGAGGGAACUUUGGAGACAGAAACUCUGGCCCCUAUGGUGGUGGAGGUCAAUACUUUGCCAAACCACGAAACCAAGGUGGCUAUGGUGGUUCCAGCAGCAGCAGUAGCUAUGGCAGUGGCAGAAGGUUUCAAUUACUGCCAGGAACCAAAGCUUAGCAGGACAGGAGAGCCAGAGAAGUAACAGGGAAGCUACAGGUUACAACAGAUUUGUGAACUCAACCAAGCACAGUGGUGGCAGGGCCUAGCUGCUACAAAGAA